AUGGUGGAGCUGCAGCCUCCUCCUCAUCAGUUGCCGCUGGCCAGGAUCCCCAUCAGCCCGGAGGACCUCACGAGCCUUGAGUCCAAGCUGUGGACUUACGGCCCGUGCUCCAGUACGACCACUUUUUACCCUGCCAUGUCUCGUGCCCGGCCGCUGGUGUGGGCCCACCGUGGUGCGUCCAAGACAUGUCCAGAGAACACCAUGGCCGCGUUCCGCGCAGGAUUGGCUGCUGGAGCAGAUGGAGUCGAGCUCGAUGUUCACCCUACGCUGGAUGGACACGUGGUUGUUAUCCAUGAUGCUACGCAGGACCGAACAACUGAGGGAAGGGGCUUGAUUUGCCAUGCACCCCUGGAAGAAAUCCGGCGCCUGGAUGCUGGCUCCAAGCACUCCGCAGCCUUUCGGGGAGAGCAGGUCCUUGACCUAGCCAUGAACUGGCCCCAGGGUCGCAGGAAAGUUCUCAUCGAGCUGAAGGGUGGUUUUUCCGGAGUGCCGGAGUGGGUACAGUCCACACUGCGCCGCGUGGGCAUGCUGAAGAAGGAGCCGGAGCCAGCCUAUCCGAAUUUGGCGCGGUUGGUUGCGGAGGCUUUGGCUCCGUACUCGCAGCAAGUCGAGGAAGGCUUCAUCGUAGCACAGUCCUUCCAUCAACCUUACCUGCAUGAGCUGCGACAUUUGCUGCCCUCUCUGCGAGUCAUGUACUUGUCCCUGAGCUCGGCAACUGGAAUGCUGGAGAAGGAAAACUUACAGCAUAUUGGACUUGGCUUUGCGGGCGUGGCUGUGAGACAUUCAUCGCUAACUGCUUCUGCGCUUAAGCGGCUUCAUUUGACACAGGGGCAGGUUUUUGCUUGGACUGUCGAUGCUGUCGACGAUAUAGAAGCGGCAGUUGCAAUUGGGGUGGAUGGGAUCAUCACGAACUAUCCCGACAGAGCUGUGGCGUGUAACCCCAACCCCAACCUCUAUGCCUUCAUGCCUGAAUGGCUCAGGCGCUCUGGUGGCAACCGGCUGCAAGAGAAAGCUUGUCCGGUACAGCUCGCAAGGGCCAAAGAGCCAGCGAUCUUCGAAGUGACGGCCGGUUUGUGGAAGAAGGCUAGUCCCGAAACACGCUUGGUGCUUUUUCUGACGACCUUGGACUUGCGUCGCUCGCUGAAUCUUCCAGGACCGCAGUUUCGACUCGCCGAUGUGCCAGUCCAUUCUGGAUGCUGCGAGCGCUACCGAAUCCUCAGUGGGCUUUUGGAGCGGCUGCGCCAGGAUCUUGGGAAGACGAAGCUUGUGUACGUUGAGGUAGGCGUUGCUGAUGGGUUGACGGCGCUCUUUCUGCUGCGAAAUUUUGGCAAGAAGAGAUGGCUCGGUGAGCCAUCCAUCAGCCUUGAAGCAGCGCGUGCCGUCGCCGGACUGACGCCAGGACUGGGAGCAUACUCAUUCAUGCCACAGUACUUUCAUCUUGAUUUUAGAGACGGCAUGAACACAGGGAAAGGGGGAACUCUUGUCCGCUGCACGCACGGUGCCGAUUGCACGCAGGGCUGCGUAUUUCGUCAGGGGAACCGCAACCCAGACAACGUUCGAUGCCCGGCCUGCGGCCACACGUGGUUGACGUUCUUCGACGACGAUUUCUUCAACUGUGUUCAGUGUGGACGGAUUCGAUUCGAGUGUCCCCAGUGUCGAACUCAGUCGGAGGCGAGCCGAAACUACUGCAGGUAUUGUUUGUCAGGCUGCUAUGACCGCACCAUCGUUAUUUCCUUGGUCGUGCAGCAGCUGCAAGACUGCAGUCUACUCAUCAAGUGUGUCACGCUCGCUGGUGAAGAGAUCUUGGUGACCACACAGGCUGGGGAGGAGACAGUAGGUAGCUUCCGCCCGAAAGCAGUGGAAGCCGCCCUUGCUGCCUCUGGCUGCAAGCGUGGAGAGGAUGGCGAACUUUGCUCAGAGGAACAGCUUCGUGAGUGGGAGUACUGGCACGACGUGUACAGCACGUCGCAGCCGGGCGCUGGUCAGAUGCGAGGCACUUGCGGCAAGUCCUUGUUCUGGUUCCUUAGCAUCGGGUCCUGGUUUUGGGAAUGCAGCGGUCGGGCUUCUGUACAAGAUGCAGCAUGGCGGCGCUGUCGAGAUGGAGGUGGCGAGCUUCUUUAUGCAAGGCUCCAAUUUGGGUACACGGCUGCCGGGCAAGAGUUCUUUGCAGGGCUCGAGGUUUUGGACCUCGCUGACUCGGCGGACGGUGCCGGGGAUGAUGUCAACGACGGCGGUGGCCUCUUCGACACGGCCUGUGUUCCGGCGAAGUGUGCAGGUGUCGAGGAGAUUGCGUCAACGCCUUGUGCAGCUAUCAAAGGCUGGCUACUCCGAUCCUUGCUCGACGAGCACGGAAAGGCAUACAAGGAUACCGGGGAUAUCGGAAUUGAUCACGUCUUCACGACUGUGCUUCGUGAGCACAGGUGGUUGAUCCAUGGGGUAGAGGCCAGUGAGCCUGCUGAGCCUGCUGCAAGUACAUCUGCCAUUCAGAGUUUUCCUAUACCAGCGCGCACUGCGCCCAUGGAUGAAAGCAGUUCUGGAUCAUCUGUCAGGGUGGCCCUGCUCAGCCACCAUGCCCCUCUGGCUAACGUGUUUGCUGAGCACAUCGACCAUUAUGCGAUGAGGGCAGGACUUGAACCUUUUGAUUUCGCUUACUUUUCCGUUUGUUAUCUUUGUCAGGAAACUUCUGGGUGUGAGGACCGAAAGGUACCUAGCCGAGCCGAUGUUCUCUGUGAGUAUUUCCACUCCUCAAAUGUGACUUUCCAGCAGUUCUAUGAGGUCGCCGACGAUGUGGCUCACAGAAUGGGCAAUUCAGAUCUGCUUGUUUGCUACGGGCUGACCUUUUGCCACUUUAUGUUCAGUCUUUUGCCGAAGCUUCCUAGAUUGCAGUUUCUCGGCAUGAACCCAUUGCAGAGUGCCCCGGCGAGCCUGUCCGGCAUGCUGUUGCUCGAUCUGGCACGACGGGCCGAUCAAGGGGAUGCGAUCUUCUGCACCAGCAUGGUGACGUGGAACUUGCUGGCAUAUCACCUGGGCCCCGCGGCCUCUCAGGUCGCUUCUCUGACGCUUUUCAGGGCCACACUCACCAGUGACGCCUUGAAGGCCACUUGGGAGCUCAAUCGGAAGGUGCUACUUGCAUCCAGCUUCCUGAUGCAAGUAUCGGCGGUGUACCUUGCCAUGAGGUCAGCACUAAUGCAGGUAUCUGGCUUCGAAUUUGUCGAGCAAACCCACAACACACCUUGGAGCUUCGCGAGCUUCGAGGAUGUUCAGGAGAUGCUGGAUCACUUUUGUGCGGUUUAUUUUCCAGAACACCCCUACAAGAACUACUUCAAUGACAUGUACGCGAUGCUGCUGCCCAUUUUCACGCCGACUCUGGACUUUCUGGCCCACAUUUGGCAGCAACUUCACGACAUGGAGGAAAGUGGAGUCUACGAUGGUUGGUUCAGUCGAGCGAUCCCACGUGUACGACUGAGGCUUGAAGCUGAGGGCGACCCUUUACCGCCCUUCGAUCUUGGCAGCAACGGUCUGCAAAAGGUCCUCAAAUGGACUGCAGCCGCCGAUUAUUUUCAUUUCCCUGGCGUGAUGACCUUCAAUGGCCUUGCCGACUUGACCAGCAAGCUGCGAUCCCAAGACUUGCAGUCCAACCUGGAAGAUGCCCGCUUCAAGAUGCUGCAGCAUGUGCAGUCACGCCGCGAAGAUGCACUGCGCAAAUGUGGGCAAGUGCUGAAUCAUUUGUCUGCAAGAGCGGAGAAAAGACAGAACGUUGCGCUUGCGUCCUGGCUCUGCGAUUGGAGCGGCCUUCCGUGGCUGCAUGCCUACCUCGUGGAGAACCAGCCGAAGUCAAUUCGGCGUCGCAUCUUGCCUUUCACCGCUCUCACCAUCAUGGCUUCUCAAGGUGCAACUCUUCAGAACUACAACAACGAGCUGGUAAAGUCAAUCGAGGACUUGCGAGAGAAGCGCGAGGAGCUCAAUCGCCAAAUCCUCCAGGAGGAGGAGGACAAGGCCAAGAUCCAAAAGGAGCUCUCCAUCCUCACGGACCGCCUGCAGAAGAUCAAUGAGAGUUUGGUACGCAAGACCCAGGCCAGAAAUGAGUAUGACAAGACCAUUCAGGAGACGGAAGCAGCAUACAUGAAGAUCCUGGAGUCCUCGCAGACCCUGCUGCACGUGCUCAAACGCGAAACCGUGACCAGGCUGCAAUAUGGUGAAACGUGUGAACCUGACGAAGAAGAAGUCGGGUUCGGACUGAGCACCGCGCCUCUGCAGUUUGUAAUUGCUCCGGGCAUCAACGACGGCUUGGAAGUGCAGCUGGAGAGGCUGCUCAGCGCUUUGCGUCCAGUACAAGACCGGGCCCACCUGCUCCCCAUGGACAGUGUUGAGGCGGCUGUGAAGUUCCGGGAAGCGGGCCUGGUAGCUGAUGCAGUGUUCCUGGAUGGAGAUCACAGUGCAACCGGAAUUCGACGGGACUUGGCUGCCUGGGUCCCCCUUCUUGGAGAUGGUGGCCUCCUCGCGGGCCACGACUUCUCCUGGGAGCAUCCGGGAAUCCUGGAAACAAUCUUCCUCGAGCGAGCAGGCUCCGAGUUGUACCUCGCGCCUGACCACGUUUUCUAUUGGUUCCAGAGAUCCAACCAAAGCGAUGUGCACACUCGGAAAAACCGCGGUGCUUGCGGCAAAAAUGAAGGGGCUCCUCAAAGUCAGGGCCACGCACCAUGCACCUUGGUUACGGCUUCAGAGAUCAUAGCGAUCGACACGGCAGGCAGGUGGAUGCCUGGAAAUCGGAGACGCCGUGGACCCAAAGGACCGGUGCCGAACAAAGAGUCGGCCUUGUCGACUGCAGCGGAUGGUGAGUCUGAGCGCAUUUGUGGUCCGUUGGCACCAUCAGUGGCAGUGGCAGCCUUCCGGGGAGCCGUAGCCAUGGACGUCAAGACCGGCGGAGUGCCGCUGCUCAUCGAGGUGUCCUCUCACCUGGAAUCAAUCACCAAGGUGCUCUUCUCUCAAGACUCACUCGAGAAGACCAACUUGGCCGAGGCCCUUUGGCCCAUCCUGGAAGGCUCCGGCUGGGAGGAGGAGCGGAUUGAGAGAUUCUGCACUACCUGCUGGGAGGCCGCUCAUAAAGCAGGCCUGCGCCGGGCCACCCAAGACAGGCCGCAGCCCACCUCGAGGAAUCCGCAUCAAGUCUUGCAGCGGGCGCUUUCCAUCCUGGCGGAGACUCAUGCGCAGGAAUUGGUUCAAGAGGAGGAGGAGCAGCUGUCGCGGUCGGCUCGACGUGCGGCGAAGGCUGGUCGCGCCUUUGAGCCGGAGGUUGUGGCGGAGGAUGCCGAUGAUGCUGCGUCACAGUACGCGACCCAUCAGAGAUAUCAGCAACAUAGCUCUGUUCUGGCCGUCAUGGCGUCGUUUCCGGAACUGGUUGCAAAGACCGUCGAGGAGUUCGGAUUCCGGAUCGGUAUAAGCUUCUUGAUACGCAGGGAGUUUGUCAGUUUAGAUUCAGUUUCAUCACAGGCGCUGCAGCUUGCAUCGGCAAGGAAGUUUGUUACCCAGAAGCUGUCAUGUCAUCAUGUCAUCGGGCCGCAAGGUAUCGGAGCACAGGCGGCUGUUGAACAAGACUUGGAUGCUAGAUACUUCUUGUUUGCAAGGCUGUCGCUGAUGUGUCGCAGCUUUCAGUCGCCAAUGUUUGGAUGCAUGCGAGAAGCUGGAAGCACCUUUGAGCAUAACUGGAAAGCCAUAUCCCUGCGGCCCUACUUCCUGACAAUGCAGGUGGUGAUCUUUGUGGCAUGCCUUCUGGUUGCCAAAGGCUGCUUCCCAAAAGCCAAGGACCCUGUUGGUUUGGCGGACACUCUAUAUUCAAUACCAUUCUUCAGCUUCCUUGCCUUUUGUGCUAUGGCUGGCACCUUGACGUUAUACCACGACCCGGACUCCAGAUGGCAGGGCGUCAACCACUGGUCCGAGCUCUACUUAGUACUCUACGUCUCCAGGUCGCUCGUCCACAUAUUCAUGCAGCCGUUCGAGCACAUUAGUCGUGAGCUCCUCAUCAUGAUGACCUUGCAUCACAUUUUCAUUAGUGAAUUCUUUGCACUUGGUGACGUGGGAACCCACUGGGUGCCCUUCACUCCCACUCGCCUCGCGCUGACCAUGAUUAGACUGUGGGCCUGUUUCUU